AUGAAAAUAGGCAUUGUGGCUUUCUGUCUUUUGUGUUGCUGCUUUGAAGCUUUGCAUGGUGUUGGCCAGUGUCCAUCCAUUUCAUCCUGCACUACAUCUUGCACAGAGAAUAUCACCAACCAUUCUCAGAUCAAAGAUGAAUUUCCAAGAGAAAAUUUUACUUUGAUUUGUCCUUUGCCCAGCAAUGUGAAAGGUUUCUAUAUGAAGCUGUAUAAGGGCAAGAGCAAUCAAGAAGUCUGUUCUCUUUAUGUAGACAAUGGGGAAAAAAAUUCUGAAAGAACAAAUGAAUUCUGUGAACCAAUCCAUUCAGAUGAAAUGGUAUCAUUCACUCUCAGAAAUUUAAAAAGCAAGGAUAGUGAUACUUACAUCUGUUGCCUAGAAGUUCUUACUCCAGUCUACCGUUGUUGCAAAUCGAACGAAAAGCACCUCUAUGUUCAAGAUUCAGAAAAAUCUUGCUGGCUAUCGGAAGUUACAUCAUGGAUACUUAUUGGACUCGUAGUGUUCUUAUUUGUUGCCUGCAUCUUUUCCUUAAUAGGGUGUUUUAGAAGUGCGGUUUGCCAAUGUGCCAACACUUAUCAAAACAACACUGAAUAUAUGUCCAUGGCGGCAGUAAAACCUAGAUGAAAAUGCAGUAUCCAGAGAAAAUACAUAAAAUGGGUUCCAUGAAGCAGUGUGGUCAAAGAUGACCUUGGACUUAAUUUACUUUCAAGGAGUUGGUUUUUUCUCCUUGCUUAU